CGUGAAGAUUAGUUUUCCAUUUCAGCCUAGUGUACCAUCCCCCACCCAAUGGCAGGGGGUGUGUUAAUAAGCAUCUAUCGAAAAACCCGUCAUCAAGUAGGGAAUAUUUGAUGGAAAGCUGUGUGUUGCGGGAUUCACAUCAGAUUCAUCACUUUCAUCCGCGUAGCAGCAGAGCAAGAGAGCUUUCCGUGUGGAGUUCUCUUCUUGGCUUCAUCCGUACAGCACUUUGGACGCUGUGUAGCUCUGCACGUUAGCUCCAAUCACCACUACCACCAAGCAGUAGUGCCCGACAUACCAAAACAAGCCCCAACGACCGACUGUGUGUGUUUGUAUGCCUUUCUUAGGCGGCCGGAGAACGUCCGGAGUGCGUUCUGUGCGAUGUGUUGAACAAAACGAAGAAAGAAACGCAAAAGCUCUCAAACCAGCUGGUUUUGCCUGUGGGCAGUGUGUGUUGGCGGUGUGUUGUGACUCGGACGUAAAAUUACGUCGCCGGAAAAAAAGAGACACGGGAAUCGAUUCCACACUCCAUCGUUUGGUGUGGUGUGGCGGGUGUUUUUUUUCCCCCAUCAACUCAUCAGUGCAGUUGACCAAUGUUCAUCGCAACAUUGCAUUGAAAAGUGGUAGCGUUUUACAAUUAGCUAGUUAGCAACGAAUAAAAAAAAAGGUGUCGAUUGGUGUGCCACCUGUGCAUGAGCAUGAAGUUUCGGUAGAUCGAUAGUGAGUGGUGGUGAUCUGUUCGGUGAGAGUCAGCUGAGCAGCUGGUGAGAGAAAAGCGGUGUGCGUGCGUGCGAUCGUGUGAAAAAUCAUUUUCCGGAGUGAAAUUUUACGAGUGUGAAAGUGUGUGUGUGUGUACGUGAGUGCGAAAUGUAUUAAGAUGAAGCAUUAUCCGGUGAUCAUUCCGGCGCACAUUCGACCGGUCGCGUCGUAACCACCGGUGUCGUGCUGGUGAAGUGUGAAAUAGUGCGAAGAUUGUGGCGUUCGAUCACGUAGCGGUAGCUGUAGCAGUAGUGACCGGUGGCAGCAAAAAAAGUAACCUACCUCCUUCCUCGGUUAUCUUCCUGCCCCAAAACCCCACCUCCUCUCCCUUCUUCCUUGUAUCCUCCCAGUACACAUACCCUUCGCAAGGCGCCUAAUCAAAAAGCUUUCCACGGUCCGGGUUUUUCUGUCACCGUUUGUUCGCGCGUUUACCCCGCGUAGGUCAUGGUUUUUAGAUCCGAUGUGCAUUCAAUUAAAAUUUAAAUGAGCAUUUGGUGAUGUCAUUACGUUCGGAUGAUAAUGAACAGGAUUAUAUUCGGGGUGUUUCUCAUCCUCACGUGCCGGCCCCCAUCCGCACUACGGCUCCCGCCAGGACUGGACUGGCGGUAUCAGCCGCCAUCGGGCUACGGUAUUGCAGGACCGACGACCGGAACGGUUGGCAUCGUAGCCGUACAGGCGACACCACUUGCACAAGUACCAUCCUUGGCAUCUGGAGGAGCCGACUCGGCGAUCAACCCGUUCAUUCGGUACUGGGAACCGGCCCGGUUCGAUCGCGGUUUGCUAGAUGUAGCCCACCAGCAUCACGAACAGCAUCGGAGGCGUCGCCGGAGCAUCAACUACGAGCAUGGUUCCGCCGCGUACGGACCAGCCAAUGUGGUGCGGUUGAACUUCCGGGCUCAUGAUCGCGAGUUCCGGCUGAUAUUGCGAGAAGACCCGCGUUCAGUAUUUUCCCGUGAUGUCCAGAUCGAGAACACCGAGGGCCCGAUGGACUACGAUCUAUCGCGCAUCUACACCGGCACAGUUGAAGACGAUGAACACUCGCACGUCCACGGUGUGCUGACCAGCGACAACCUAUUCGACGGUACGGUUGUCACGAACCUAGAGCAAUACUACAUCGAACCGGCCGCCCGUUACUCACCGGAGCUCGAGCGGCGGCACGGUGUCCAUACUGUGAUCUACAAACUCAGCGAUGUGAAAAUUCACCAGAACCACCACGGCCAUCACCGGCCACCAUUAAGGACAGACGGCCAAAAUAGCAGCAGGGAAGGUUCAUCUGUGCCGGUGCGCCAAGGUGCGACUUCCGGUGUGCGUAUGUUAAAUUUAGCAAAAAACCAGUCUAGCACUAGAAUUCAAUUCAAUCCGGAUGCGAGUGGCCACCGAACAGAACCGGUGGAUAGUGGUGAAGCCGUAGCAGGGCGAGGUCGCACCGGAACUGCGACACGGAAAAUGCGCAGAAAACGGCGCUGGCUGGAAGAGGAAGAAGUGAUACAGGAGAGUAGAAACCCAUCGCUGCCACUAGAUCUAGAAGUACCCUAUAACAAUGACUACACGAUAGUGCGCAGUCACGGGAAGGCGACGAACGACGGCAGUACCGUAGCAACGGCUGGUACCGGUGCACUACCCCCGACCCGUACCACCAUCAACCGAACGGUCAAUCGUGGCAUUAUUGGUGGAACGGGAAUCGAUGCACCGACGGUACGAACUACCGCACCGGCAGUAAACAAUCGUAAGAACCACUUUCUGUACAACAUCUACAAUCCGCACGGCAGCGGUAGUACCAUCAUUACGGGCGGUGGUAUGGUGAGCGGCAUUGGGGGUGGUGGUGGUGGUGCGGAACAGUUCCCGUGGACGCGCACGACCAAUAUGACCGGUACGAACCACAACAAGGAUCACUACGUCGAGAUAAUUACGAAGAAUGGAUCGACGCGCAAGAAUAUUCCGGUUGCCGAUCAUCCGGAUGUGAUGGUGAAUGGGAAUAUUAAUCUGAACGUGCGGAACGAUCUGCACGAUCACCAUCACCAUCAUCAGCAGCAGCUGCUGCAGCAACAGCAGCAACAGAAGGAACAAAAAUCGUUUGCCAACUCGCUGUACGAUCGGAAGAGCACUUGUAUGUUGUAUCUGCAGGCGGACCAUACCUUCUUCCAGAAGAUGGGCUCGGACGAGGCGAGUAUCGAGGCCAUAACACGGCAUGUGCAGCGAGCAAAUCUCAUCUACCGGAAAACAGAUUUCAAUGGUGAUGGUAAACCGGACAACAUUACCUUCAUGAUCAAGCGCAUUAAGGUGCACAAUCAGAAUGCGCUGAAGGAUCCUUUGUAUCGGUUUCCCGGAAACUACGGUGUGGAAAAGUUCCUAGAGCUAUUUUCGGAGGAGGAUUACGAUGCGUUCUGUUUGGCGUACAUGUUCACCUAUCGCGACUUCGAGAUGGGCACCCUCGGGCUGGCCUGGACCGGUGACCUCAAGAACGCUGGUGGCGUUUGUGAGAAGAAUGGGCACUACCGUGGUUCGCUCAAGUCGCUCAACACCGGCAUCGUCACGCUGCUCAACUAUGGCAAACACGUCCCACCGGCCGUAUCCCACGUAACGCUGGCACACGAAAUCGGACACAACUUUGGCUCACCGCACGAUCCGGAACAGUGUACACCCGGCGGUGAGGACGGUAACUUCAUCAUGUUUGCACGCGCGACGUCCGGCGACAAGCGCAACAACAAUCGCUUCAGUCCAUGCUCGCUGAAAGCCAUCGAACCGGUGCUGAAUGCGAAGGCACGCAGUGCCAAAGGCUGCUUUACCGAACCACAGGAAGCAAUCUGCGGCAAUGGGGUGGUCGAGCCGGGUGAACAGUGUGACUGUGGUUGGGAGGAGGACUGUAAAGAUUCCUGCUGCUAUCCGAUGUCACGCCAUCCUCGCUUCGAUCAGAAACCAUGCACACUAACACCAAAGGCGCAAUGCAGUCCGUCACAGGGACCGUGCUGUACGCUCGAGUGUACGCUCAAGCUCGGUGACAAAUGUCGCGACGAUAAUGGAUGCCGUGAUCCGGCUUACUGUGACGGCCAGAUGCCCGUUUGUCCACCGUCCAUCAACAAACCGAACAAGACGAUCUGCAACAAGGAGUACGUUUGCUACAUGGGCGAAUGUACCGGUUCCAUCUGUUUGGCGUACGGGCUGGAAAGCUGCCAGUGUGCGGUAGGACCGACCGAUCCCGCUAUCAAGGCGUGCGAACUGUGCUGCAAGCAGCCGGGCGAGGACAAACCGUGCCUGAGCUCGUUCGAUUGGAACGAACCACCGUACGAUGUGCCGGAUAUGUACGCGAAACCAGGCACACCCUGUAACGAUUACAACGGGUACUGUGAUGUGGCACAAAAGUGUCGCGAAGUGGACCCAUCCGGACCGUUGGCAACGUUGCGAAAGUUGCUGCUUUCGGAGGAGAGUAUUGCCAGCUUCAAGAAAUGGAUUCUCAGCAAUUGGUACACCGUCGCGUUGAUCGUGACCGCUGUACUGGUUCUUCUGGUUCUGAGCGCGAAGUUACUGGGCAAGCGUACCAAUCUAAAGCUGAAAACGGUCACCAUCAUACACAGCGCCACGACGGAAACGGUACGGCUACCGGAGGACAACAACGGUGUAAUAGUGCACACGGCCGUCCGCACGAAAGUGCCGCUCAAAAAGAAGGUACGCGGCGAACGAACGAAACCCUCCAGCAAACCCACGAAGGGACAGUCGGCGGCAGCAACCACCACCGUACCGGCGGUCUCAGUUCCAAAGCAACUGCUAACCACAGUGAACGGAGCGACCACAACCACAACCGCCGUGCUACCGUCCACUUCCAAGGAGCUGCAGCAACGCCAGCAAGCGUCGGGAACGGGCGGUCCGGUCACGAACCCAACGACCGGUGGCGUCAAUCCAGCCACCAUAGUCAUUAAGCAGGUGAAGCGGCACGUUGGUCGUACCACUACGACCACCACCACGGUAGCGGGCGGUUCGGACAGUCCGAAAAAGUUGCUCCGCAGAAAGAAGAAACGUUCGAGUGCGGCAGCCGGUGGUGGUGGACCGUCGGAUGAAUCGCCGGUUAAAGAGCCGAAGCAGCAGAAGAAACACAAGAAACCGAAAUCAAAGCAUAAAGAGGUGAUCGACUACUCGAGCCGCAAUGCGUCCGAUGCGCACAGUCACAGUAACACCUUCGGGAAGGUACACCGUUGGCUGCUGGAGUCACCGAUCGUGGCCACCCAGCCAUCCGGCGGAACCGGUGCGUACGAACAUGCAUCAGCCGUAUCGAACAUUCUUAGCAAAAGUCAAUCCACCCCGGAUCAUCUGACGCAGGGUGCCCAGCAGACGGCGGCAGGCGGAACCGUCCCAUUGGCACAGACGACCGCCACUCGAUCGCCGAAGAAAACGCGCGUGAAAACCAAAUCCGUUGGCAAUUUGAACGAAAAGGUACGGCUGCAGGUGGUGUACAAGCCGCCGUUCAAGUUUAGCCUGAAGCUCUCCAAAACUGACCCAUCGGCGGUGUCGGGUGUGAAGACACAUGUGGUCCCGGGACCGGUUGGUGGGAAGCGAAAAAGUCGUCCACUAACGGACCGGAAACGUGUUGGACCGGGUGGUAUCAUUAGUGGCGAAGAUCAGCAGCAGCAACCACGCAAACGGUCGGCGAUUCUCGUACGCCAGCAGGUACCGGUAGCAGAGGAGAAACUUCCCAUCAUCGGUAAUCCGCUGGCCGAACCGAACUACGAAACGCUCAACCCCCGGCACGGGCUACCGGGUGAGGACGAUCUUACCGGGCACGAUGAGUCUUCGCACACGUACGAGAACAUAAUGUUUGGGGAUGAACCCGACACGGUGGCCACAAACAGCGCCACCGCAUCGCAACAGCAGCCCAAUGUGCCAUCCAUUAAUACGGCCACGUUCCGGAUCAGUCGGAGCGCUAGCGGGACACGGUUGCAGAAUUCACCUACGAAAAGCACCGCCCAACCACGUGGCAGCACGUCCAAUCUAGCAACUGGCGGCCAUCAUAGCAAUAGUGGCGGUCGUGAUCGGCAGCGGCGUUCCAGCGUACACAACAGCUCCACCAGUGCGUUCCGUGGCGCGUUCGGUGGUGAUAGUACGGAGUGUCUCAUACGCUCCAGCACGACCAAUCUCGCCAAACACGGUCACGGUGGCAAGCGGAACAGUUUCGCCGACAAGAAACGUUCCAGCUCCACCAACCUAAGUCGCCAUCAGUCCGGUUCGGUGUCUAACUUGCACACGCUCAAACGGCACGGUUCGUCUAGCCAGAUGCUGCACCAAGAUCCGAACGGAAGCCGCCGGAACAGCAUUACCCAGCCGGCGAAACUGUCCCGCUCGGCAUCGAACGGUCCCGGUACGAUGGGCCGCCGUCAUUCGGGUGCGAACAACGGUACGCUCGGUAGCAAUAACUCUAGCAACUCAAGCAACGGUAGCCACGGACACCAGCAACACCAUCAGCAUCAUCAUCAUGCGCACCAUCAUCAUCACGCUGGUCAGCAUCAGCGGCGUAGUAGUGUGGGAACUGCCGGCAGUGGGAAAGCAGCAACGGGCCAACCGCUGAAUGGAACAACGCACCAUCAGCAGCAACCGGUCCCCCUGGCCCGGCAGACAUCGUUGAAUGUGAAGACGAACAUGGCGGCACAGCAGCAUCAUCAUGGCCGCCCGCAUACAGCUACGUGUGCCGAUGAUCCGAAAGCUGUACAACGACCAUUCGAGUGGCCAAUGGUACUCCCCAGUGGUGGUAAUCGACGACCGCUCGAUGAACCGCUGCCAUCCGAUCUGGAGGUGAUGGUUUCGGACGUUGAAAAUCUGGUCAGUGAUAGAUAACAAAGUUUUUCACGUUAACGAUUAGCAAGAAACCCGCGAACAGGAAGGCGUUAGGGAAUGAAAAAAAAAAUAAACAAGUGAUAAAGAAAAAUGGUAACAGAAGCUAAGUACCAUGUAACGACGAAGGGUGUGCGCCAGAGGUUUUAGUAGCCGAGAUGAGUGAAAGAAGAGACAAACAGAACAAAACGAAACCAACUAGAUGAAACAGUGACAAGCAUAGAAAAAAAAAAUCCGACAAUGGUGGUGUUUCAAAGCCGGCAAACGAUGGUGUGUUUUGCAUUACUAUUUUUAAAACACUUCAAUGCUAGUUCCAAUUCGUUAAACUACUCCUCCUCCUCCUCCUCCUUCAAACAAUCAAAUAUAGUUUGUGCUGUGAGUAAACAAGAAAUGAAAACAAAGCAAAUAUUUACAUCCAAUUGGAAGCGCUCUCCCUUACACGUUCGAGAAACCUCUUAAACCUCAGCAACCAAACUACUCAACCACGUGUUUUUUGAGGGAGUCAAUGGAGGCGCCUGGUAUUUUGUAACAUUUCUUCAAACUAAAUGACUCUUUACGCAAUCAAAACAAACGAAACGAAUCGAAAAAAAAGAUGAAACAAUUUCCUCACCAUCGUUGUCACAAAGAUAAAGAAGAAAAAGAAGAAGAAAAGUAGCAAAAAAAAGCUGAAGGUCAGGUCAGUAAGAGUUGUACUAUUGGGUAGGUGAACUGACGAAUUUUAUUGAACUUACAGUUUAAAAGGGUUUUUUUUAUGUUUGUAAUCCGUGCCAAUUAGAAACAAUGCGCUGCAAAAGCAAAAACAGAAACAGAAAAGCAAAACCACAUACAAAACAAAUAAUACGCUACUCAAUGUCUCUGCUCGGUACCGCGGAGGUACGCCGUGGCGUGAAGAAUGUUUUUUUUUUUUGCAAAGACAGUAAAAGGUGGCAAAAGAAAACGCGAACGGAUAGCACACGAACUAUACAGCACCAACAUACGCCUCCUUUACAUACACGCCUUUGAAUGUAUGUGUGUUUUGUGGUUUUGUGUAACGCUUGUUCUACUGCUGGUGUCCACCAUUUCGUAAGGGGAAUCUAUGCGAAAGCGCCACAAUGUUCCGAGUGUCUAUUUUGCAAAAGGCUGAUUAAAAAGAAGAAGAAAAAAACAAGAAGAAGAAGAAGAAGAAGAAGAAGAAGAAACCCUCCACUUUUUUAUCAAACCCUUCUCCGCCUCAUCCAUUCUUCCCUCUUCCUUCAGAAUGCCAGUUUCUAUCACCUAAACGCUAAUGCACUUCUUACCACCUCAGCACCCCCCCGCCC